AUGGGAUAUCAAGUAAGUACACAGAAAGAAGAAAUGGAGUUCAAAAUUCUGUCUUUACCUGUUCUGCUACCAUUCCUUUUCUUUAUCUCGAUCUUACUGAGAACAUGGAAGCAAGCAAGAUCCAGAAGCUCAAGGAUGCUGAAACGGCCACCAGGACCAUGGAAGCUACCGGUAAUAGGGAACAUCCACCAGUUGGCUGGAUCCAGCUUACCCCAUCGCCGCCUGCAGGAUCUGGGGAAGAGAUAUGGACCUCUCAUGCAUCUUCAAUUGGGUGAGGUGAGCAACAUCAUUGUUUCAUCUGCAGAAUGUGCAAGGGACAUAUUGAAAACCCAUGACAUCUCAUUCGCCUCCAGGCCCUAUCAGCUUUCCGCAGACAUUGUUUCUUACAACAUGGGGGAUAUCGUAUUUGCGCCCUACGGGAACUUCUGGCGACAGCUGAGGAAAGUAUGUGUGUCGGAGGUACUAAGCUCCCACCGCGUGAGAUCUUUUAGGUCAAUCAGGGAGGAAGAGGUUUCAAACCUGGUGAGAGGCAUAGUAGGAAUAUGUGGUGGGGCCAGGUUAUCGGCAGCACAAGCCAUCAACCUGAGCAAGAAAAUAUAUGGCACAACUUACAGCAUUGUGGCCAGGAUUGUGUUUGGCAAGGCGUGCGAUGAGCAAGAGACAUUCUUGCCUCGUUGUCAGGAAAUUAUUGAAGCCUUAGGAGGUUUCAGUAUUUCAGAUCUGUUUCCCUCAGCUAAACUGCUCCACCGAUUGAGCGGAACGAGAACUAGACUGGAGAGGUUGCACCGAGAAGCAGACAAGGUGCUUGAAAGCAUCCUGGAUGAACACAGAGCCAGAGCUCUUAUUAGCCCGCUGGUAGCAGACGAUAUUGGUGGCAACAAGGAAGACAGUAGUGCUGAUCUUGUAGACGUUCUUCUCCAUCUUCAACAAAGGGACGACCUUGGAUUUUCAUUAACAACAGACAACAUAAAAGCAGUCAUUCUGAAUAUUUUCCUAGCUGGAAGCGAUACUUCAUCUACAACUGUGGAAUGGGCAAUGUCAGAGAUGCUGAAGAACCCAAGAGUGAUGGAGAAGGCACAAUCAGAAGUUCGGGAAGUCUUUGGUAGGAAAGGGAAAGUUGAUGAAGGUGGGCUUGAGGAACUAAAUUAUCUGAAGUUGGUAAUUAAGGAAACUCUAAGAUUACACCCCCCAGCUCCCUUACUCGUCCCCAGAGAAUGCCAGGAAGAAUGCGAGAUUGAAGGAUACACUAUACCUGAGAAAACCAAAGUUAUUAUCAAUGCAUGGGCAAUUGGAAGGGAUCCCAGGUAUUGGGUUCAAGCUGAAGAAUUCAAACCAGAGAGAUUCAUCAACAGCAAACUUGAUUACAAGGGCACUAACUUCGAAUAUAUCCCAUUCGGGGCCGGCAGAAGGAUUUGUCCAGGAAUAAUAUUUGCAACACCAAAUUUCGAGCUUCUUCUUGCAAAUCUACUGUUCCAUUUCAACUGGGUACUCCCUGGUGAGGCCAACCCUGAGCUUCUAGACAUGACUGAAUCCUUUGGAGCGACUGUAAGAAGGAAAAAUGAUCUGCAAUUGGUGCCUAGAUUGUGGCAUCCCCUGCCUGCAGAGUAG